CUCCCAUCCUCUCGCUGGCCAAGAAAGCCUCGGAAAACUUAGCAGCCGGCUAUGGGAGCGCCCUGAAGUCCGCAGCCUUGGUAGGACUCGUGUCCAAACCGCUCAGCAAUGACAGCCCAGCCAACCCAAAUGAAGCAGCCUUGACAGUGCACUGCAAGGCAACUCUACAGAGACUCAUCAACCAUUUUGUCCAAGCCUGCAAGGAGUUAGGCCUUACCAUCAGCCUUACGAAGACCGACAUCUUGGGUCAAGACAUUGCCAGCACUCCACACAUCAGCAUUGGUGACCGCACGCUUGAGGUGGUAGAUGAUUUUGUCUACCUGGACUCCACCAUAACCAGCAAGCUGUCCAUUGAUGCAGAGCUAGACAAGUAUAUUGGUACAGCAGCUACAGCAAUGGCUUGUCUCCCCAAAAGGAUAUGGGAAAAUGUGAUGCUAGUGACCAGGCUUGAAUGUUGAGCAUGCUGCUUUAUGGAAAUGAGUGAUGGGCAACUUAACACCUGCCUGGAGCAACACUUCAAUGCCUUCCACAUGCACUGUGUCAGGAUGAUUUGGGGCAUCCCAUAGCAGGACAGUCUCAAACAAAAAUGUGCUUUUCUAUGCACACAUUGCAAGUUUUUUCACAGUUUCUCAAUGAGGUCUAUGCUGGCUUGGUCAUGUACACAGAAUGAAAGAUGUCAGGAUCCCCAAGGAUGUGUUUUACAGGAAGCUGGCUUCAGGCACUAGGCCUGCUGGCAGACCAACUCUGUGUUACAAAGAUGUCUGCAAGUGUGAUGUGAAGGCUGGCAACAUUAACCCUGCCAUGUGGGAAUCUCUUGCAGACUACCAUAGUAUCCACAUGUAUCCACAGCAGCAACCAGGGGAGAAGUGGCUGCUGUGAGGAGUGCAGAGAAAAGAAAUGCCAUGGCACACCUAUAGCAGCAAAACCAGGCACCUUCAUCUCUCCCUGCUGCAAUAAAACAUGUCCCUCCCAUACUGGUUUCUACAGGCACAGCAAAUGCUGUAACCCUCCCAACAGUUUGAUGGUGCAUGCUUCCAUUGCCUCUCAAAACAGACGGAUGCAAACAACAGCAUGCUCAGAGUUCAUCUUCACACGUUCUAGAGGUGUGGAACUGAAAAUAGAUUAUAGAUUCAAGGACUAAACGCUAGCAAACUGUUUGUUUGUUUGUUUGAUAAAAUUGAUACACCAUUUGAUUGUAGAAAAUCAAAAAGAGGUUUGCAAAAGAUAAAACAGUAAUAGUAGACUGCAUUUUAUUUAUUCUGAAGUGCAUCAACAUUUCUUUUGUCUAUCUAUUACACUGAUGUAUAGAUGUUUGGAAAACUGAGGAAAUUAUAAUCUGUUUUAGUAUUUUAAUUUUUGCAUUGCAGGUGGUUGAACUAAAUAACCCUUGGGGUACCUUCCAACUCUACAGUUCUAUAAUUCUGUGUUUUUAAGUUAGGUUGUUUUCUCCUGGAGAGUUUAGUUCAGUUGAAAAAUGAAAUGAAAUAUUCCUUGCAUCGAUUGCCUAUAUCAGGUGACAAUGACUUAGAGGAAUAUAUAAAAACAUAAUUGUGUAGAAAUACGAGCAUAAAGUUGUAACUACUAAAUCUAGGCAACCAGAAUGUUUUCAUCCAUUAUUAAAAGUCCAUAAAUUUCUAAAUAAAGGCUGGUGGAUGUCAAGUGUAGCUUACUCCAGGGGUCCUUUACCUUUUUUUUACCUUUAGCAGACUUAUAUAUAAUAUUUGGAGUAUUAUCAAAUUCCAGUAGGAAGAAAAUCACUCUAAGAGUAAAGAAAAAGGGAUAUCCUAGUGUAGAAAUGUAACUCUUAAAUUAAUUGGAAGGGAACAAGAUAUCAGUUCUGUGAGAGAGAGCUGUUACAGUGGAACCUCGGUUUAUGCCUACCUCCAUUUACGAAAACCUCUGUUUGUGAAUGCUGCGAACCCGGAAAUGUUUACAUCCGGGUUCCGCACCGUCGGAUGCGCAGACAUGAUCUGCGUAGCUCGCGCAUGCGCAGAAGCGAUCUGCGCAGAGUGUGUGUGCGCAGGACAGCUCUGUUGGCGCUUCACACACACACAGAAGCGUGCCUUCGGUGAGCGAACGCCUCCGCGGAACGGAUUGCGUUUGCAAACCGAGGUACCACUGUACUAUCAAGCUAGUUAUGUAGGAAAAUUAGGAGACCCAAAUGUGUUGCAAAUUACUAAUGCUCUUUUGUGUGCAUGUUUACUCAAUGGCAAGCCCCACUGCGUUAUUUGGGGUUUACUCCCAAACAACUGUGCACAGUAUGUCCACCACUUGAGAAUAAGUCUCAUUGGGCUGUUUUAUCAUUCUUCUAUUCCUGCAAAGGACUGGAAAUCUGAUUAAACAUUUAGUCCUGGAACUUAGAACAAUUUUCCAACACUGGGAUGCAGGAUUUGUAUGAACAGUUGUGUUAAUCUGUGUUAUGGCAAAAACAGAAUAUUGUGGUACUGAAAGAAUGAAAAUAAUCUUGUUAGGGUUGUAUCGAUUGAAGUUCAACUUGGAGUAAACCCACUGAAAUGAAGGGACCGAAGUUAGUCAUGGCUGUCAUUUUUAAUGGUUCUACACUGAGUAUGACUAACAUUAGUUACAACCUUCAGGUUUUUUUAAGACACCGUAUUUUUUAUCGUAUUUUACACCGUAUUUUGGUGUAAAAUAUGUUGGAGAAAUAGAAGGCAAUAAGGGCAUGGAAAAAUUCACUCCAACUAAAUAUAAAUACCUACAAAUACACCCGGACGCAGGUGGCGCUGUGGUCUAAAGUGCUCCCCAACCUUUUUAUCGCCGCAGACCAGUCAACGUUUGAUAAUUUUACUGCGGCCCGCUGAGGGGGGGACGUUGAUUGUUUCGCGGCCCGCUGAGGGGUGGACAUUGAUUGUUUAUAUUUUAUUUAGAUUGUUUUGAUUUAAUAAUCUUAAUUUAAUUGUAUUUAAUGUUCCUUGGGCGGCCCGGUACCAAUUGAUCCACGGACCGGUACCGGUCCGUGGCCCGGGGGUUGAGGACCACUGUAGGGCUUGCCAAUCGGAAGGUCGGCGGUUCGAAUCCCUGCGACGUGGUGAGCUCCUGUUGUUCAGUCCCAGCUCCUGCCCACCUAGCAGUUUGAAAGCUCGUCAAAGUGCAUGUAGAUAAAUAGGUACCACUCUGGCGGGAAGGUAAACGGCGUUUCCAUGCACCACUCUAGUCCGCCAGAAGCGGCUUGGUCAUGCUGGCCACAUGACCCGGAAGCUGUCUGUGGACAAAUGCCGGCUCCCUCGGCCUAUAGAGCGAGAUGGGUGCACAACCCGAGUCAUCUGCAACUGGACCUAACGGGUACCUUUACCUUUACCUUAAACUAACACAGUUGGAAUUUAUGGCAAUAAAAAGUGACAAUGCAAAUGAAAUAUUCCCUCACUGAUUUCUGCACAAUUACAGUUAACUGAGAGUUUCAGAAUUACCAUCAAGAAAAUAAAAGAUAAAAACCUCUCAUCGUUGCUUGUACAUUCACACUUUUUACCAUUGAUCUAUUCUGCCACUGUAAACUGCUGAAGGAUAACUGCUGGCAGAUUAUUGUAUCUGUGAAAUGUUUUAUUGUGAGUUUGAGGCUGCUGGGCAUGCUUACUUAGAAAGAAGCUCCAAUGAAAGCAACUCAAGUUGUUUCUGGCUAAGGUUGUUGGUCCUUUGUUCUGUAUUUUAUGGUUUUAGAUUUUUUUUGAUGUUUUAAUGAUUUUAUUAUACACCACCACAAUAUUUUUAAUGAGUUGGUGGUUUGUAAAUACUCUAAUAAAUAAACAAGUCUGCAAACCUACCCACACUUAUUUUGAAGGAAGCUACAGUGAACUCAAUAGGGAGUUGUGUAUGAAUACACACUUAAGAUCAGACUAUUCAUGUUUGAGAAAGCAAUAUAUGUAUACUUUUAUCAAUUUUAGAAGUAUCUUACACUUUUAAUAGUUAUCAAUUAUAUAUAGUUCUAUAUGAACUACUACUGUUAAAUGUUUCAGUUUGUAUACAUAAAUUGCCUUUAUGCUUAAAGCUGGCUAUGACUCUCAGUUCUAAAUUAAAUGCAACUGAAAUUAUCUCAAAUGCUCUAAAAUAGUCUUCAUUUAAGGAAUUGUCUCUCAAAUAUAACAAAACACCCCAGCCAUUGCAAGGGGCUUUACUUCUGAUUCAAGUUUGCAGUUUUAUGCUCCCAUCUGAAAGAAAGCACCCAUUGAACUCAGUGGAACCUGCUUCUGGGUAAACGUGCAUAGAUUUUUAGUAUCUGAAGAAGUGUGCAUGCACACGAAAGCUCAUACCAAUGACAAACUUAGUUGGUCUCUAAGGUGCUGCUGGAAGGAAUUUAUUUUAUUUUUUAGUAUCAAUCCGUUGGUGGCUAUCAAUUCAUUGGCUUCCCUGCUGGAGUUUUGCAAACCAGAACUCUUGACAUUUUUAAUUUUAAGCCUAAAAAUAGUGAAUGAUCCAUUUUUACAACUCCAAUAGCUUGCAAAAACCACAUUAAGUUCAGAAUGCUUUGCUUCUGCCUAGCCACACUGCAGGCAAAGUAGGCUACCUAAGCACCUUAGUACCAUAACCCUAACGUCGUAAGUUACAGGUAGGUAGCCGUGUUGGUCUGAGUCGAAACAAAAAAAAAAUCCUUCAGUAGCACCUUAAAGACCAACUAAGUUUUAAUUUUGGUAUGAGCUUUCAUGUGCAUGCAAACUUCAUCAGAUACACGUAGUAAAUUCAGUAGGAAUUCUUUCAGCUUCACAUAACUUGUGUUCACUUCAUUCACCAGAAAUUUGACCAUAUACCAAUGUGUCAUUAGGAACACAUAGCUAAUACUGUACAAGACUGCAAUAUAAUUACGAAACAUCAUUAUAUAUCCCUUAUAGUCCCAGGAGCUGACACUGAAAUAGCUUUGCUAAGUGCCUAACAGAAACGAAGUGGUUCGUUUAAAUUUUUUUAAAAAACCACUUAUGUGGCUGAAAUUGUACUGUUAAUUAUUCUUGAGGUCUUGACUUUUAUUUGAAUUCUAGUGUUACCUUGCUGACAACAGUUCAAAUUUUAUUUCAAUCUCAAGCCUUUUCCCUAGUUGAAACACAUGAAAUUGUCUAGCAGCGUCUUGAAAAAGGAGGUUAUAUUUGUCAGCCACCUAAGCUUUUUGCAUGACGCUGAGGUGAGUGGGGGAUCAGCAUUUGCUACAGGGGGAAAAUACACGCAAGUGGAAAAACACACUACAGUACUAUUAUCCUCGCGUUUGAAUUCCCGCGACGAGAGGAAGAGGCCUUUAAGAAAGUAACAGCGACCAGACAACUAAAAUGGCGCCACCCCUCCCUUGUUUACAGUGUCGCUUCGCUUCUGCCCAAAGCCUCUUUUCCCCGUUUGCCCAAUGAGGGCUGCGGUAGCGGCUGGGCCUUAAAACCAUUUCCUGGACGGUCGGAAGAUGGGAAGGCAGGUCGCUGGCUGUGGCCAAUCCGAGACACCGGCUUGUGCACCGGGUGUCCCGAUUGGCUUGCAGGAAGGCGAUCAGCGGCUUGGGUGCCUUUAACCAAUGAAGGGUCUCUCUUUGGAUUUUGAGGGGGAGGGAAGUGUUGCUCUGGUAACGCCAGGUGAAGCAGCCAAAUUCCACAUGAUGGAAGAACGUUCAAAUCUCAUGAACAUGAUGAAAUUGAGUGUUAAAGUGUUAAUCCAGUCAGCUCUGAGUUUGGGCCGGACCCUUGAUUCAGACUUCCCUCCCCUGCAACAGUUCUUUGUUGUGAUGGAACACUGUCUCAAGCAUGGACUUAAAGCUAAGAAGAGUUUCAUUGGGCAGAACAAAUCGUUUUUUGGACCUCUAGAGAUGGUGGAGAAACUUUGUCCAGAAGCAUCAGAUUUAGCAACAAGUGUCAGAAAUCUGCCAGAGUUAAAGACCCCAAUUGGAAGAGGCAGAGCUUGGCUUUAUCUUGCUGUGAUGCAAAAGAAACUGGCAGACUACCUGAAAGUACUCCUGGACCACAAGAAUCUAUUGAGUGAAUUUUAUGAGCCUGAUGCCUUAAUGAUGGAAGAGGAAGGAGCUGUGAUCAUAGGUCUGCUUGUGGGACUGAAUGUCAUUGAUGCAAAUCUCUGCUUAAAAGGAGAAGAUUUGGACACCCAGGUUGCAGUGAUUGAUUUUUCCCUGUACCUUAAAGAUACACAAAACAGUGACAAUAGCAAAGAAGAUGGAGGCAUUACUGCUGUGCUUGAUCAGAAACAUUAUGUAGAAGAACUUAACCGCCAUCUAAGUUGCACUGUUGGAGAUCUGCAGACCAAGAUAGAGUGCCUAGAGAAGACCAAUUCAAAGCUCCAGGAAGAGCUGGCAGCAGCAACUGAUCGGAUCAGGGCACUUCAGGAAGAGCAGCAGGAGCUGAAGCAAGAAAAUGAACUAAUCCGUGAACGAAGCGAAAAGCAUGUCGAGGUAACAAAACAGGACACCAAAGUUGAACUGGAAACAUACAAGCAGUCAAGGCAAGGCCUGGAUGAAAUGUACAGUGAUGUCUGGAAGCAACUGAAAGAGGAGAAAAGAAUCCGAACGGAGCUGGAAAAAGAGCUGGAGCUGCAGAUUGGAAUGAAAACAGAAAUGGAAAUUGCUAUGAAGCUCCUGGAGAAAGAUACUCAUGAAAAACAGGACACUUUGGUGGCCCUUCGCCAGCAGCUGGAGGAAGUUAAAGCUAUCAAUUUGCAGAUGUUUAAUAAAUCUCAGAAUGCAGAAGGUUCAUUGCAGCAGAAAAGUGAAGCAAUAUCAUCCUUUGAAGGCAAAACGGACCAAAUGAUGUCUUCUGUCAAGCAGAUGGAGGGCAGAUUGCAGCAUGCAGAAAAGGCCAGGCAGGUUGCAGAAGAAAAAAAUGUCAAACUGAAACAAGAACUGGGUGGCAAAAUUGUGACCUUAAAGCAGCAGCUAAUCCAGCUGGAUAACAAGUGCUUAACUCUUGAGAGAGAAUUAAAAUCUGAGAAAGAGCAGCGGCAGACUCUGCAACAUCAGCUGCAUCAAGAGAAGGACACUACAGCUUUGCUAAAAACAGAACUGCAGCAAGUGGAAGGGUUAAAAAGGGAGUUGCGAAAACUGCAGGAAGAGAAGCAGCAAUUGGAAAAGGUCUGUGAAGAACAGGAGCAAGCCCUCCAAGAAAUGGGGCUUCACCUUAGCCAAUCUAAGCUUAAGAUGGAAGAUAUUAAAGAAGUGAAUAAAGCAUUAAAGGGUCAUACAUGGCUAAAAGAUGACGAAGCAACCCACUGUAAACAAUGUGAGAAGGAAUUUUCCAUUUCAAGAAGAAAGCACCACUGUCGAAACUGCGGUGACAUAUUUUGCAACACUUGUUCCAGCAAUGAACUUGCACUUCCAUCCUAUCCAAAGCCUGUACGGGUUUGUGAUACUUGCCACACUUUACUGCUUCAGAGAUGUUCAUCUUCUUCCUAAGACAUUUGCUUGUCUACAGGAAAAUCAUUUAAGACAGAGAAUGAACCAAAUGUUUCAUUGGCUUUAUUGGGAAUCUAAAUGCCACCAGUAUGUUUCACGCAAGCUUUCUUAUGGUACUGUUUCCCAUGAUAGAAUGGGACAGGUUUAAUUUAUACAAAUUGGGCUUACAGAAAUAACUGAAUGCAUAGAAUCAGGUGCCAGAGAUAACCCUAAAUGUGCUCAAUGUGCUGAAAUCUUGAGAUGCGGUCAUACUUCUGGUUUUGUUUUUAAGAUGUAAAAAGCUAUUGUUUGUAUUUAACUUUGUACUUCAACAUUUGUACAUUUGACCUCUAAAAUACAUUACUUUUCUCAACACUUUAAUCCCUCUACCUAUUGUAA